AUGCACAACCUUCAACCAUUAAAAUGUCGGUACCAACCACCGUCAAGAUCUACAACAUCUAUUAUCUUUGAUUUAGAAAUCGAACCGUCAGAUGAUGAAAAAAAGCCACGCAUAUCUCGCACAGUUCGCCGGCGAAAAGCUCGGCUGAGAAAGAGAAAUAAAGAACUCAAUCCUCAAAUCUCAAAAAUGGAAACAGUAUUAGUAUUGACCCAAAACAAAGAAACAUUUAAAGUCCCACGCGCAACCCCUUUCGAAUCAGACCUGUCAAAACAUGACGCAGAAGUACUCAGAGCUCGUGGUGCGUCACCAAUAGAACUUGAAUACCAUUUUAAAAUCUUUUUCCCGAAAUCACAGUUCGACCUAAGCGUAUCGAACGAAAGCUACAGUGACGAUGAAGAUUCCAAGCCAGAGAAAAAGAAAAACCAUGCCGGAUUUACCUUCAAGGGAUACUAUGCUGAAGUGACUCCUUACAACUUCAUCCAUCUAGGCCUAGUAGAUCGCAUGAAUGCUCGCAAGUUUAUUAUGGUCAUACCCGGAUCCCACAUUGAAAAAUUACACCCCGGAGUAUGGGACCAUUAUGUAGGGGAGCUCCCGGAUUUUAUUGGAAUUCUAAUGCUUGACUUUGAGAUUUGUGGCCAAAAGUCGCGUGCUCCCUUUAUUGUCUCUCAUCUUGUCGACCGAAUCACAAUUGGUAGCUCGUGGACUACCGAGGCUAAUGUCAUAUCUCGUUUUACUAAUGAAGGCUGGGUUAUAAUGUCGUGUGAAAAACCUGUUUACCAGUAUCCCUAUUUUAAGUAA